CUUCGAGGGUGAAUUACAAAUUAGGGGGCUAGAAUUUCGGAAAGGGGUAAGAAAAUUCUCAGUCAUGGAUUGAAGGCCCCAGCCGUCCAGUGCUGCUAAUCGGACAGAUCGUAAUCAAUGAUAAAUCAUGGUGAACCCGACCUCGAAGGCACUCGCCUUGGUGAUAUCCGCUAUCAAGAACCUCCGUGAAAUUCGAGGGUCCACCUCGAAGGAGAUCCUGAAUUACAUCUCCGCCAUUUACGAUUCCCCCGAGCCCGCUGUCAAACGUCAGAUGCAGACCGCCUUGAAGCGCGGCCUCGCUUAUGGGAUCCUGAAGAAGGCGGAUGGACACUAUACCUUGCCAACAGACAAUGACACGGAUUACCAGGAAAUAGCUGCCCAAGAAUUGGGACUCCUGAAUCUCUGCUGCAGGAAGCGCCAGCAAGCCAAGAGGAAGAGGAAAAGUCAGGGUUGCGGGAAAAAGGGGGCAAGUAGGAGGAAGAAGAAGUCGAAGAAAAAGGGGAAAAUGUCGAAGUGCAAGUGCGGGAAGAAGGCGAAGAAGAGGAAGAAGAAGUCCCGGGGGUGCAAGGCGAAGAGGAAGAAGAAGCCGAAGAAGGACAAGUUCAAGUGCAUAUGCGGCGACUCCCCGAAGAAGAAGAAGAAACAGAAGCCGAAGGGCGCCGUCAAGUGUUCCCUGUUCGAGAAGGAUCAAGAGGAAGAUCGAGAUAAACAAUGGGGGACCCAGGGGGAUCCAGAGAUUUAUAAGAAAGACCUGGAACGAGGCAGAGAGCGAGAUGUCGAAGAGGAUGACGAAAGGGAACGUAAACUCAGGAGGGACGAGUCCAGUGAGAACUGCACUCCCUGCAGGAGCAGGUCGUCCUCUCCCGAGGGAUGCAAGGACCUUUCCGAACCUGUCUGA